AUGUCGGUCCUUGAAAAGGUCAAAAAGGAUUACAGCACCUCUGCAAUCACAUACAACGAUUAUUCCAAUCUUCCUUCUGGGCGACUUGAAUCUCAAUUAAUCCGGAUCGCUCUUGGAGAUUGUGCAAACCUCAAAAUCCUUGAUCUAGGAGGUGGUACUGGCCUACACGCCCGACAAGCAAUAGAAUUAGGAGCAGACUGCGUUGAUGUGGUUGAUAUUUCGCACGAAAUGCUACAAAUGGGCCGAAAUGUUGAAGCUUCAUUGAACCGCAGAGACUUGAUUCGAUUUUACGAAGCAGACGUCUCCAAGUCAAUUACUCACCUCCCACUACGCAGCGGCGGGUACGAUGUUGUUAUGGCAAAUUGGAUAUUCAGCUUUGCUGAAAAUGUAGAUGUGCUAGAAGGAAUGUUUCGCAACAUUGUCGCCUAUCUCAAGCCAGGCGGCCGUUUUAUUGGGGUGCGCGAUGCAGAUCCUUGGAGUCCUGCGCUUAGGAAUGGCAAGUAUGGCGGCUCAUGCACUUGGAUCGAUAAAAUACCAGGUGGGGUCAAAUACCUGUGUGUGCUUCAUUGUGAGCCUCCUAUAGAAUUUGAAGGUGUUUCACUAGAGGUCAUCUACUCCGGGACUUCUGAGAUGUACGAGAGAUUUGGAUUGUCCAAUAUCACUAUCGUGCCGUACGAGAGUGCUGAGACUGUACAGAGGAAUCCCGACUUUUGGGAACUGUUUCUAAUCCGGCCUAAUCUAGCUGUCGUUCAAGCACUAAAGGCAUUGAACUGA